CCAUCGGAAGCUGCUGAAAGUUUGUGGAGAACAACGUGCAGAGCGACUCUGAGCGCCUCGAGCAUCCGGCUGAAAGCGGCGAGGAACCGGGGGGAGGAGAGAGGAGAACCGGGGGACUGAGAGAGAGAGCCGGGGAGAAGAGAGAGGAGAACCGGGGAGGGAGAGAGAGGGGAACCGCGGAGAGGAGAACCGGAGACAAGAGAGGAGAGAGCCGGGGAGAGAUCGGAGGAGAACCGCGGAGCAGUGAGGCAGAGAACCGGGGGACGCAGAGAGGAGAACUUCAGUUCAUUUCUACUGUCGCAGCUCUCAGGGCGUCUGAGGAUUCGCCCGUGCUGAACCUCUCCGGACGUGACCUGAGGGAUGCCUGGCGGUGAGACCGGCCGGUCCCCGCGGGGGAGACGAGACGGUUGACGGUUCUUCUGUGGAUGCCGUUCCCCCCCCCCACGAGGCCUUGCUCCCGCCGGGACGUCGUCAGGGAUAGCGCGCCAUGUCAGCCGACGGCAGCCCGCCGCUGGCCCCGCCCACGCCGUCGCCGUCGCCCAGUCCGCCCGCCGCCGUCUGCGGCCGCCUGUCCAACGGCAGCCAGACGGCGCCCAGCCCCACCAACUCGCGGGGGUCGCUUCACGGCGGCGUCUCCUUCCUGCUGCAGAUCGGACUCACCAGGGAGACGGUGACCCUUGACCCCGGCGACCUGUCGCUGUCUGCGGUCCGGGAGCUGGUCUGCUCCAUCGUGGACCAGAAGUUCCCUGAAUGUGGAUUUUUCGGGAUGUACGAAAAGAUCCUUCUGUUCCGUCACGAUCUGAACUCGGACAACAUCCUGCAGCGGCUGACGUCGGCGGAGGAGAUUCACGAGGGCGACCUGGUGGAGGUGGUGCUGUCCGCUCUGGCCACAGAGGAGGACUUCCAGAUCCGACCUCACACUCUGUACGUCCACUCCUACAAGGCGCCGGCCUUCUGCGACGACUGCGGCGAGAUGCUGUGGGGGCUCGUUCGACAAGGCCUCAAAUGUGAAGGAUGCGGGCUGAACUACCACAAACGCUGCGCGUUCAAGAUCCCCAACAACUGCAGCGGGGUGAGGAAGAGACGCCUGUCCAACGUCUCGCUGCCCGGCGCCGUCAUGGCGGUCGCCCGUCCCCCGUCCAUGGAGUUCGUCCCGACGCCGCAGGAGGAGCGCCCCCUCCUGGGCGCCGGUAAACGUAACUCCCUGCUGAGCGGCCGGCCCAUCUGGAUGGAGAAGAUGGUCCUGGGCCGGGUCAAAGUCCCGCACACCUUCUCCGUGCACACGUACACUCGACCCACCAUCUGCCAGUACUGCAAGCGCCUGCUGAAGGGCCUCUUCCGCCAGGGGCUGCAGUGCAAAGAUUGUAAAUUUAACUGCCAUAAGCGGUGCGCAGCCAAAGUACCGCGAGACUGCCUCGGAGAGGUCGACUUCAACGGAGAGCCGGCCAGUCCCAGCCUGGAAUCUGAUGCCACCAUGGAGGUGGACAACUGCGACGUGAACAGCGACGGAGGCCAAAGCAUGGACGAGCAGGACGAGUCGUCGGCCGCCGACGACAAGCUCUUCUUCGCCGAGGGCCCCGGGACGGACGGCGAGCGAGACAGCGAGCGAGACGACGAGACGGUCCGGGCCAUCAGCCCGUCGACCAGCAGCAACAUCCCCCUGAUGAGGGUGGUUCAGUCCAUCAAGCACACCAAGAGGAAAAGCUCCACGGUGGUGAAGGAGGGCUGGAUGGUGCACUACACCAGCCGGGACAACCUGAGGAAGCGGCAUUACUGGAGGCUGGACUGUAAGAGUCUGACUCUGUUUCAGAAUGAAAGUGGAGCCAAGUAUUACAAGGAGAUCCCGCUGUCGGAGAUCCUGCAGGUGGAGCCGGCGCAGGACUUGGGCCGCCUGCCUCCGGGCAGCAGCCCGCACUGCUUCGAGGUGGUGACGGCCAGCGUGGUCUACUACGUGGGCGAGGACCACGGCCCCGGGGCGCCGGGGGCCCCCGGCGCGGGCCGCGACGCGGGCCGGGGCUGGGAGAAGGCCAUCCGCCAGGCGCUGAUGCCCGUCACGCCCAAGGCCAGCGUGGGCGUCGGCCCGGCACACGGCAAGGACCACAAAGAACUCAGCAUCAGCAUAUCAGUGUCCAACUCCCAGAUCCAGGAGAACGUGGACAUCAGCUCCGUCUAUCAGAUCUUCGCGGACGAGGUCCUUGGCUCGGGGCAGUUCGGGAUCGUUUACGGAGGCAAACACAGAAAAACAGGCAGAGACGUGGCGAUUAAAAUCAUCGACAAGAUGCGGUUUCCCACCAAGCAGGAGAGCCAGCUGAGGAACGAGGUGGCCAUCCUGCAGAACCUGCACCACCCGGGCAUCGUCAACCUGGAGUGCAUGUUCGAGACCCCCGAGCAGGUCUUCGUGGUCAUGGAGAAGCUUCACGGCGACAUGCUGGAGAUGAUCCUGUCCAGCGAGAAGAGCCGGCUGCCGGAGCGCCUCACCAAGUUCCUGGUCACGCAGAUCCUGGUGGCGCUCAAACACCUCCACUUCAAAGACAUCGUCCACUGCGACCUGAAGCCGGAGAACGUCCUGCUGGCGUCGGCCGAGCCGUUCCCUCAGGUGAAGCUCUGCGACUUCGGCUUCGCCCGAAUCAUCGGCGAGAAGUCGUUCCGCCGCUCGGUGGUGGGCACGCCGGCCUACCUGGCGCCCGAGGUGCUGCGCAGCAAGGGCUACAACCGCUCGCUGGACAUGUGGUCGGUGGGCGUCAUCGUCUACGUCAGCCUGAGCGGGACCUUCCCCUUCAACGAGGACGAGGACAUCAACGACCAGAUCCAGAACGCCGCCUUCAUGUACCCGCCCAACCCCUGGAAGGAGAUCUCAGAGGAUGCCAAAGACCUGAUCAACAACCUGCUGCAGGUGAAGAUGAGGAAGCGCUACAGCGUGGAGAAGACGCUCAGCCACCCCUGGCUGCAGGACUACCACACCUGGCUGGACCUGCGGGAGUUCGAGACGCGGCGCGGCGAGCGCUACAUCACCCACGAGAGCGACGACGCCCGCUGGGAGGAGUACGCCGACGAGCGGGGGCUGCACUACCCCACCCACUUCAUCAUGUCGCCCAACCUGGACGACAUGGAGGAGGACCCGUAGAGGGGCCGCCACGGGGCCGCCGCAGGGCCCGGGACCCCUGGGAUCUACCUUCACAUCCGUUCUCCAGGUCUGAACAGACGAACACUGAGAGCCGACGGAUCCUGAUGAGAUUUCAAAUCCAAGCUCAGGCACAUUGUUUUAUUAAAAAAAAAUCUCCAAAACUGAGAAACAUUGAUCUUCUUGACAAAACACGGAUCCGUAGCAACUCGUUUAAUCCUCAACAUGUUUGUUUUUAGUGUUUUCUGUCUUUGUUCUAUUGUAGAAACCGACCCUCUAACAGCAGCUUUUAAAAAUACUGGAUUCUUUUCUCCGUUUAUGAAAAACGAGAAGCCUGGUUAGCACGUCCAAAAAGCUAAAACUGUCAGGAGAAAUCACGUUUUCAAUCCUUCAGGUGAGGAUGUUCCAGUUUCUGCAGGUUUUCAAGUCAAAUUUAAGACUUUUUAAGGUGAGACGUAGCUGGAAAAAACACGCUUUAAAGCUCCUUUGGUUUUUAACCCCGAUAACGUCUUAUAAGUAGAAAAAAGCCAAACUAAGCAGCUAAUUUAUCUUCUGGUUUUCUCUGCUUUAAUUGAAUUUAGAGCGACUGGUUCAGGAAGUAAUCAGAAACCAAACUGAAAUUAAUUAAGGAAUUAGUUUACACCAGAAUAAACUCUGAACUCAGUCAGAUUCUGGGGUUUUGGGUUGACGUUGAAGCUAAACGUCUCGUUCAGAGACAGGAAGUGAACUUCCACGGCGCUCCAGCGCAGAAACAGCCAAUAGUAGAAUACGCCUCUUGUAAAUAACCAAAGAUCUGAGACAGUCAUGUACAACUAACGAGUAUUUUGUCUUGAAAAUAGCUGACAUAUCUGAGAUCUGGAGGAAGUAGUGCGUUCUGAACUCUUCCGUCUCCUGGCUGGAGGCUAAAUGCAAACCUAACAUUAAAAAACCUUCUGCUCAUUUUCAAACCUCGGGAUCAUUUUUAGACCAACAAAACUGGGCUUGACGGCAGAUUGUUGUAGAAAACGUGUCCAUUUUGUAAAUAAAGUAAUUUCCACAGCGAUUCUCUGGCCGAGGGUCAAGCUGCUGGUUUAGUCUCCGUGUUUCCGAACUCUAAACGUGACGCGUCCGUCCUGAGCCCACUGCGACCUGAGAAGCUACGACACCUUUUAUAUUUUUACAAGAAAACGUUUCGUCUUGUGGAUGUUUUUAUUUCUGUGGGAAAAUGAUUAAAGCUGAACAGUGAAACUGUGAA